GGGUUGGUUGGAUCGUCUGUUUCUGCAACCAUUUCAACAAUGAGUGACAAGAAGGAGCAAAGCAGCGGAUAGGUCGAAGGAGAAGGAACUAAGCCCCCGACUCCAAUGGCAGAAGCCGAAGAGUCACAGCAGCAGGAACAGCAGAGUUCGCGCGUGAAGCUGGAGAUGAGUAGAUUUAGCAUUUGGCCUCCGACGCAGCAUACACGGGAAGCAGUCUUUAAACGCCUCGUCGAAACCCUAUCGACCCCUUCUGUACUCUCUAAGCGCUACGGAUCCAUGCCAGCAGAGGAGGCCUCCGCCGCCGCGCGACAAAUCGAAGAGGAAGCCUUCUCUGCUGGUUCCACCGCUGCCUCUUCCAAUACAUCCGAAGACGAUGGCAUCGAGAUUCUUCAGCUUUACUCCAAGGAGAUCAGCAAGAGAAUGCUCGAAACUGUAAAAGUCAGAGCCGCCUCCGCAACUUCUCCGGACAAUCCAUCGCAGGCUUCGGUUGCCACCGAUGCUACUGCCAUUCCUCCCGCCAGUGAGGAAAUCUCUUCUGCCCAAACUGAAUCUUAGGUGAAUUUGAGUUUGAUCUUCGUGUUAGGGUUUCUGUUACCUUUGAGUUUACUGUUGAACUUUGUUGUAUGUUGAAAUCCAUCUGUAUUUAUUAUGGAUCGCUUCCGCUAUUAUAUUGGUAGUCAUGUGAAAUAAUGGGAUGAACUGUCUGGGGCUUUUCGUUCA